AACGUUUUGAAUUGUCAUAACCUUAAAUAGUGAGUGAAGCACGGAAAACUACACAUUAUUCGCGCUCUGUAUAACCAAACAAAAUAUUUUAAAAGCAAAUUUUAUUUUGUUGCAUUGAAAAAAUUACGGAAAUUAACUAGCGAAGAUGUCAAUUGGCGUUCCAAUUAAAGUGUUGCAUGAGGCUGAAGGCCAUAUUAUUACUUGCGAAACAAUAACCGGCGAAGUGUAUCGCGGUAAAUUGAUUGAAGCCGAAGACAACAUGAAUUGCCAAAUGACUCAAAUCACCGUCACCUAUCGCGAUGGUCGCACAGCCAAUUUGGAAAAUGUUUACAUUCGUGGUUCGAAAAUUCGUUUCCUGAUACUGCCCGACAUGCUGAAGAAUGCGCCGAUGUUUAAGAAAGCGGGACCGAAGGCUGGGACGGCGGGCAGGGGUAAAUCGGCACUGCUGCGAGCGCAAACGGCGACUCGAGGGAGGGGAAGGGGCGGUGCGGGAUCUUCAAAAGGAGCUGGAGCUGGACGCGGUGGUGGUGCAUGGCAAGGUGGUCCAACAGCAGGACGUGGCCGAGGUGGCUUGUAAAAGUGUAUCUUUGCGAAUGAUAACACAUCUCCCUUUUCAAAUACACACAUCGUAUAAAUGUUUAUUCAUAAGCUCUUAAUAAAAUACAAUAAAUUGUUUGAAAUCAAACAACCAUGAGUAAAUUCAAAAAA